AUGCGACACAACAAACAACUUGAUAGAUCUGAUUUCGUUAAAUUAUUUUCAAAACUUUAUGAUUAUGCAUUAUUACCUGUCCAUUGUGCUCCAUCAUUUUCAAAAUCUGGAAUUUAUCCUUAUGAUCCACAAAUUAUUCGAAAAGACAAAUUGAUUAAUAAUGAAGUUGAUGCAUCAGUAACCACAAUAAAUGCAACUUGUCUUACUCGAUCAUUAUCUGUUGAAUUUAAUGAUCCACCUCAAUCACAGUAUUCAACAUCAGCUAUUGCAACAACUAUUAAACAAAAAAAAUAG